UUUGGCUUCACGUUCAAAAACGGCACGAAGAGGUCAUUCUCUCAUACUCCCAUAGAAACAUAGACACCAAACAAUCCAUGCUUUUGCAGUGCUUUUGGGUUAGUUUCGAUUGUCAUCCAGUCAACCAACAGCAAACAGUAUGAAAAGUGAUAUUAUCCAAUUUCACAAUUGCUUUAUUUUGCGUGAUGGGCAAAUCAUUAAAGAGGAUUUAUGGACCUGUGAAGGAAAAAUUGUAGACCCAGAGCCAAUUUUCUUCGACAAGAAAGACUAUGCUGACAUAAAAAUUGACUGUCAAGGACUUUUGAUUGCCCCUGGGUAUAUUGAUUUACAAGUCAAUGGUGGAUUUGGAGUUGACUUUUCACGAGAUAGUGAAACAAUUGACCAAGGCUUGGAUGUGGUAGCUAAAGGGCUUUUGGUUUAUGGGACUACCUCAUUUUGCCCUACUCUUGUCACCUCAUCUCCUGAGUUCUAUCAUCAGGUUGUAGGGAAAAUAAAGAAAACUCCGGGAAGCUCCAAGGGGGCAGAAAUCCUUGGCAUACAUGUUGAGGGACCAUUUAUCAAUAAUGACAAGAAGGGUGCACAUGAGAAAAAAUUCAUUCACAAGUUCAAUCAUGGCGCCAAUUCGAUUGAAGAAGUGUAUGGAAAGGACUGGAGGAAUAUUUCGAUGGUUACGCUUGCACCUGAGUUGGAAAAUUCAACAGAGGCUAUUAAACAUUUGACUAGCAAUGGCGUAACCGUUUCCUUGGGUCAUUCGAUGGGCAGCCUAGUUCAGGGUGAAGAAGCAGUGAGGAACGGUGCUUCCUUCAUCACGCACCUUUUUAACGCCAUGCUGCCGUUCCAUCACCGAGAUCCUGGCCUUAUCGGCUUACUGGCCUCAUCUAAAAUUCCACCGGGAAAAACCGUUUACUACGGCAUCAUAGCCGACGGUAUUCACACUCAUCCUGCUGCGCUUCGUAUCGCAUACAGAACCCAUCCGAAAGGACUUGUUCUAGUAACGGAUGCCAUAUCAGCGCUUGGGCUGGAACCUGGCCAAUACAAGCUCGGUUACCAGGACGUUGAAGUGAAAGAAAAUUGUGCAAUGCUAUCUGGAACCACAACGCUGUGCGGGGCGAUUGCUUCGAUGGACAAAUGUGUUCGCCAUUUGAAACGUGCCACAGAGUGUUCAACAGUGGAAGCUCUUGAAGCAGCCACUCUCCAUCCAGCCUGUGCUUUAGGCAUUCAGGAUCGUAAAGGGUCCCUUCUCUUUGGACGCGAUGCAGAUUUAGUAAUGCUUGAUCACGAACUUAACGUCGUUUCUACCUGGAUUGCGUCUGAAAGAGUUUAUCAGAACCCAGUCGCCUUGGAAUUGAUAGUGCAAAGAGUAACGAAGAUAUAAAUUUUUGCUACAUCAGUUAUUUUGUGGUAAAUAGGAAUAUAUUAAAAAACCAGAUAA